GUCGGCGGAGGAUGCCUGGACAUAGCUAGUAUCAAGGACGUUGCCAAAGGAGGAGCUUUUGAUAACGCAGUUAAGCUACCGCUCGAGGCGGCCGUGCUUUUCAGUAGCCCUUUUGACUUCAACAUGACAGACAUCUGGAAGAAUCGGCUGGAUUCUACGAUACAUGGAGCGACAGAAACUCUUCGAUCAAUGGUGGCAUGUUCCUAUCUUACGGAUUAUCGUUGUAACUUCAUCGUGGGGUUCAGAGAUCAAUCAGCUUCGAGG